GCUAACUUCAGUACGAUAGUAAAAUAAUCAAGUGCUUCCCUCUACAAAAUUUGCGGUCUCCGAGUCUGGCCUUUAUUUAAUGGCUGCCUGAAGAUUUCAUCGUAGCCAUAUUCUACUGUGUUUUAAGGAAAAAAAUCACAGACGACAAUGGCUGGGAAGCUCUUGGUGACGUGCUUAAGGCUCAACAGCCGAGUCGUGCCGUCGAGGAUGAUGUCCAGCGUACAUGAGGAGGUUCCUUUUGUGCCACCGUACGUUAAGAAAAUCGGCAAGCGCGAAAUUGUCGGGUACGGUAUAAACGGCGAGCCUCACUACAUGGAUCUUUGGGACUACCCAUUCCCUUCAAUCAGAUUCAAGGAGAUGACUCCUGACCUUGAGGCACUGAGAGAAAAAGAAAAAGGUGACUGGAAAAAAUUGUCAUUAAUCGAAAAGAAAGAACUGUACCGUGCAAGUUUCUGUCAAACUUUCGCAGAGCUUGAAGCUCCAGACGGACACUGGAAGGCAAUCAUCGGUUGUGUCUGCAUUGGUAUCAGUAUAGCUCUGUGGAUGUUCUUGUACAUUAAAUUCAACGUUUACUCUCCGCUACCGGAAUCAUUCAGUAAAGAAAAUCAAGCCGCUCAAUUGAAACGUAUCAGAUUACUUGAUAUGAAUCCAAUCUGGGGUUUCAACAAACGUACCCCCGAGGAGCUCGCUAAGAAGGACAAUUAAGUUGGUCUUCUUUAACACCAUCAAAGCAACCUUAGUUUACGCCGUGGUAGGAGUUGUAAUUAUUUAAAUUUAAAAUAAAACAUGAAUAAAAAUUUCAUUGUAAGUAUUGUUACACGAUCAUUGAUAAGGCAUUCAAUGAAAUAAACAGCUAAUAAAAUGCCAUGAUUAUUAUAAAAAAUAAGCAUUAAAUAAAUUAUACUCUUAUUAUAAAA